GAGACAAGCAACAAAAUGAACAAUCCAGCUAUUAAGAGAAUAACAAAUGAAAUUAUCAAAUCACCUGAGGAUAAACGAGAAUAUCGUGGACUGGAAUUGGCAAAUGGCAUUAAAGCUCUUCUCAUUAGUGACCCCACCACAGAUAAGUCUUCGGCGGCACUUGAUGUACACAUAGGAUCCUUGUCUGAUCCCCCCAACAUUGCUGGACUUAGUCAUUUUUGUGAGCAUAUGCUGUUCUUGGGAACCAAGAAAUACCCAAAAGAGAAUGAGUAUAGCCAAUUUCUUAGUGAACAUGCUGGAAGCUCAAAUGCUUUCACAAGUGGAGAACAUACCAACUAUUACUUUGAUGUGUCACAUGAACAUCUAGAAGGUGCACUGGACAGAUUUGCCCAGUUUUUCCUGUGCCCUUUGUUUGAUGAAAGCUGCAAAGACAGGGAAGUGAAUGCUGUUGAUUCUGAGCAUGAGAAGAAUUUGAUGAAUGAUGCCUGGAGGUUGUUUCAGUUGGAGAAGGCUACUGGAAACCCCAAUCAUCCCUUCAGUAAAUUUGGAACAGGGAACAAAUUUACUCUGGAAACUAGACCAACUCAAGAAGGAAUAGAUGUAAGACAAGAGCUGUUGAAGUUCCAUUCUACUUACUAUUCAUCAAAUUUAAUGGCUAUUUGUGUCUUAGGAAGAGAGUCCUUGGAUGAGUUGACUUGUUUAGUGGUAAAAUUAUUUUCAGAAGUAGAGAAUAAAAACGUCCCUAUACCAGAGUUUCCUGAACAUCCUUUCCAAGAAGAACAUCUCCGGCAACUUUACAAAGUGGUGCCUAUUAAGGACAUUAGAAAUCUUUAUGUCACAUUUCCCAUACCAGACCUUCAGAAGUACUAUAAAUCAAACCCUGGUCAUUACCUUGGUCAUCUGAUUGGGCAUGAAGGCCCCGGGAGUCUUCUAUCGGAGCUUAAAGCCAAAGGAUGGGUAAAUACUCUUGUUGGAGGACAGAAAGAAGGUGCUAGAGGUUUCAUGUUUUUCAUUAUUAAUGUGGACUUGACAGAAGAAGGACUUUUGCAUGUUGAAGAUAUUAUUUUGCACAUGUUUCAAUAUAUUCAAAAACUACGUACGGAAGGACCUCAAGAAUGGGUUUUCCAGGAGUGCAAGGAUCUAAAUGCUGUGGCGUUCAGAUUUAAAGACAAAGAACGACCAAGAGGUUAUACGUCAAAGCUUGGAGGAAUGUUACAUUAUUAUCCUAUAGAAGAAGUAUUGGCUGCUGAAUAUUUGCUUGAAGAAUUCAGGCCUGAUUUAAUAGAGAUGGUACUGGAUAAACUGAGACCAGAAAACGUUCGAGUUGCAAUAGUUUCCAAGUCUUUUGAAGGAAAGACUGACCGAACAGAAGACUGGUAUGGAACACAGUACAAGCAAGAAGCAAUUUCUGAUGAAGUUAUUAAGAAAUGGCAAAAUGCUGACCUGAAUGGGAAAUUCAAGCUUCCAAUGAAGAAUGAGUUCAUUCCUACUAACUUUGAGAUUUUGCCAUUGGAAAAAGAUGCAACACAGUACCCUGCCCUUGUCAAGGACACUGCUAUGAGCAAACUAUGGUUCAAGCAAGAUGACAAAUUUUUUUUGCCAAAAGCUUGUCUCAACUUUGAAUUUUUCAGUCGCUACAUUUAUGCUGAUCCUCUCCAUUGCAACAUGACAUACCUGUUUAUCAGGUUAUUGAAGGAUGAUUUAAAAGAGUAUACAUAUGCAGCACGCCUCUCAGGUUUGGUCUAUGGCAUUGCAUCAGGAAUGAAUGCAAUACUUCUUUCUGUAAAAGGUUAUAAUGACAAGCAACAUAUCUUGCUCAAGAAGAUCAUUGAGAAAAUGGCUACUUUUGAGAUUGAUGAAAAACGAUUUGAAAUUAUCAAGGAAGCGUAUAUGAGAUCACUUAACAACUUCAGAGCUGAACAGCCUCACCAGCAUGCAAUAUAUUAUCUCCGACUCCUGAUGACAGAAGUUGCUUGGACCAAAGAUGAAUUAAAAGAAGCUCUAGAUGAUGUCACUCUUCCCCGUCUCAAGGCCUUUAUAGCUCAGUUGUUGUCACGGUUACAUAUUGAAGCUCUCGUCCAUGGCAAUAUAACAAAACAGGCUGCAUUAGGAAUUAUGCAGAUGGUUGAAGACACUCUCAUUGAACAUGCUCAUACAAAGCCACUCCUUCCCAGUCAGCUAGUGAGAUACAGAGAAGUGCAACUUCCUGACAGAGGUUGGUUUGUAUAUCAACAGAGAAAUGAAGUUCACAACAAUUGUGGAAUUGAAAUAUAUUACCAAACAGACAUGCAGAGCACUUCUGAGAAUAUGUUUCUGGAGCUCUUCUGUCAAAUUAUCUCAGAACCGUGCUUCAAUACUCUUCGCACCAAGGAACAAUUAGGUUACAUUGUGUUCAGUGGUCCUCGUCGGGCAAAUGGCAUACAAGGACUAAGAUUUAUUAUCCAAUCUGAAAAGCCACCACACUAUUUAGAAAGUAGAGUUGAAGCAUUCUUGAAAACUAUGGAGAAAUGCAUAGAAGAUAUGACAGAAGAGGCCUUCCAAAAACACAUCCAAGCUUUAGCAAUUCGUCGUCUAGACAAACCAAAGAAACUGUCUGCAGAGUGUGCUAAAUACUGGGGAGAAAUCAUUUCCCAGCAGUAUAACUUUGACAGAGAUAACAUUGAAGUGGCUUAUCUAAAGACCCUGACCAAGGAUGAUAUUAUUCAGUUCUACAAGGUGUUGUUGGCAGUAGAUGCUCCUAGGAGACAUAAGGUAUCAGUACAUGUCCUUGCAAGAGAAAUGGAUUCCUGCCCUGUUGUUGGAGAAUUUCCAUGCCAAAAUGAUGUGAACCUGGCACCAGCACCACCAUUACCACAGCCAAGCGUGAUUGAAAACAUGACAGAAUUCAAGCGCAGUCUGCCACUCUUUCCACUGGUGAAACCACAUAUCAAUUUCAUGGCUGCAAAACUGUGAAGAACCCCAGUUGGAUGAAGAAAUGCAAAUGAUGAGUACUGACAUGGUUUCAGGGGACUUCAUGAGGAACAUAAGGAUAACUGGUUCUGUCUGUUAUGAAAGUCCCAAAUUCCUUCUCGGUUCAUUUGACAUUAGCUGUGUGUUAGGGAUAGAGAGUAUAUAAAAAUCAGUUGUGGUCAUGUGUCAUUUAUACUUCAGACAACCUGUUGAAAACCAAAAUCAAUCAAAACAAUAAAAAACUUGUAGAUGCAAUAUAUUUUUCAAAUAGUAUAUCCCUUCAAAUUUUCAUUUUGAUAAAAUAACCCUCCAGAGCAAACAAAAUUGCUUGAAAUACCCUUGUUACUCCUGAAAAACGUUAUUUAGUAUCCUAAUAAUUCUCUUACUGGGGGCUGGAGGGGGUGAAAAUGGCAGGUCCCUUUUGGGAUGAAGUCAACAAUUUUUCUUAAAAAUAGAGACUUUAACAUUUUUUGGAAGUGAUGUGUUGAAUGAUAUUUUUAAUUGAACCUUAAUGUAGCCAACAUAUUUUCUAUUUAAGUUUUAUGAAGACCAG